UCAGGAAUUAGAGACACUUUAAAGUUAAUCGGGGGACAGAAUGACAACCACCAUGGAGAAAUCUAAAAACUUUCGUAUUGAUGCGCUGCUGGCUCACGGCGUGGAGCAGAGGGCGGACAGUGGCGGUGCCUCGCCGGGGUUGUAUAACAGCAGAAGUCCCGGAGGCAGUCCGGUGUCAAACCGCGGCUCAGAGACACCCUCCCCUCACCCAAACUCAACGAACUCCUCUCCAGCCCAGCCAGGAGUCCUGUCCAAAUCACAACUCUUCGGCUUGUCCCAGUCAGGAUUCACUGCUCUGCACCAAGGGGGUCUUCUCGGCAUGCACCCGGGCUCCAUGUACCCUCUGACGGCCCUCGGAGGCCAGCAUCCCGCCUUCAUAUAUCCCGGUUUUACGCAGCUGGUCCAACCAUACCCGGAGCAGCUGAAGGGGGGUACCAUGGCCGCGACGCACCCGCUGGAGCACUGGAUCAGAGCCGGGAUGAUGAUACCAAGAUUCGGAGAAUAUGGAGCCCCGGUCCAGGCAGGUUUGUUGGGGAAGUGUCGGAGGCCCAGGACAGCUUUCACAAGCCAGCAGCUGCUGGAGUUAGAAAACCAGUUCAAGCUCAACAAGUACCUGUCCAGGCCUAAACGCUUUGAGGUGGCCACUUCACUCAUGCUGACAGAGACUCAGGUUAAGAUCUGGUUCCAGAACAGACGUAUGAAGUGGAAGAGGAGUCGCAAAGCCAAGGAACAAACAACACCACAGACUGACACAGAAAGAGCUGGAAUGGAUAUACACAGCACCCAGCCUCAGAGUGAUUCACACAGCUCGAGCCUGGAGGAUGAAGAGGAGAUAGAAGGGGAUGACGAGGAUGAAAAAGAGGAGAUAGAAGUGCUGAGGGCGGGUUCUUUAGGUGCAGUAGGCUUUAUGAGGCAUGCUGGAGGAGAAACAGGGAACUACAGCUCUUACUCAGAGGAGGAGCUGGAGGAGGGAGGCUCAAGAACAAGAAGUGGGGCUUUCCCAUAGUUAUAAAGUUAAGCAUGCUUUUAUUGUGCACCUUUUUAUGUUUAUUACUCUUGAGAAAACAUGGUGGCACAAAGAGGAUCAUUCAUUUUUCCACAGCCAUAUCUGUACCUGGAGUUCCCAAAUGAGUAAAAGGGGAUUUCAACAUCUUCACAUUCAAAACUGAUCACCUUAAACCAGAACAAUGCCAUCUUUAUGUAUUUGGACAUUUAAUGGUCAGUAAUCCAUCUGAUUUAUGCCUUCAGAAACAAGAAAUAAUUCUGCAAUGGGCAAUUUCAUGCAUGAUUUAUUUGUGAUUUAAAAGUACAAACACACAGAAUGUUCCUGUCCUGUCAUCUGCAAUGAACUAAUUUAUUUAUGAAUGCCAUGUACUUAAACUGUAUGAAUGAGGGGUUAUAGCACUUUCAUGAAUAGACACUUGGAGAGUCGUGUCGUAAAGAGUGUCAGUGUUACAUUUUUAUUGGUGCAUCCAAGUCUGUUACAAAUACUGGACAAGAUACCAUCGAUCAUUUCAUAUUCACCCAGUUAACAUAUUUAAGGCAUGAGGUGCGGCAUGAAAAAUGUGACUACUUUUUGACUAUAAGGUUGUGAAUCGCUGUGCAGUAAUCAGCUCUUUGUGUUGUAAGCUAUUAUAUUCUUCAAACAGCAUGUUAUAUUUAGUUAAAGCCCCGCCCACACACACACACACACACACACACUGUAUUAAAUACUGUAUUGUUCUGUAUUUGAAAUGUACAGUUAUUAUUGCAUUUUCUCUGUAUUUCGUAAACUGUUCUCAUUAAGCAUGUUAUGUUGUCAAUAUAAUUUAACAUUAUAGAAUUUAAUAUAUUUCACUUUUUAAGCAAUACCUUUGUGGAGAGGAAUAGCUUGUAAAUAAAGCUGAAUUUGUGUGGAGUCCAAUAAGUUCCGAGAGUGAAUCACAAUUAAUGCAGUCUGCAAUUAAAGGGAUAGAAAAACAAAAAAACUAACAAACAAAAAAGACCUGCAAGUAACAAGGAUUACUUUGUUAAUAACCCUAACUAUCAGUAUCAGUGGUUGAAAUGUAUUCAGGACCCUAAAAAAAAACACACAACAAAACCACACUGCAAAAUCACUCCACUACAAGUUAGAGUACAAAAGUAUCAGAAUCAAAAUGUACUUAAAGUAUCAAAUGUAAAAGUACUUGUUAUGCUGAAGGGACCCACUC